AUGGGAAACAGUCCAUCAAAGAAAGAGAAAACACCAACUACCCCAAUUAAAAAGAAGCCUGAUGUAGUAGGAACAAACAACACCACUCAAACCGGUGCUUCAAGCACCAAUACAAAUAUAGCGUCGAGCAACACUCAUCAGUCGAGUAACAACUCAUCGUCGGGUGCAUCGAACAACGCCAAUAAUGUCUCAAACAGCAAGCCAAGCAACCAAACACAGAAUGUGACUUCCUCUCACCAAUCGACCAAGUCUACCGGUAACGACAAGGAAGAUAAAAACAAGAGAUUGGAUGAGUUUUUCGAAAAGUAUAAAGAACCAGAUACAAAUCAAAUCGGACCAGAUGGAAUGGUUCAACUUUGUAAGGAUAUAAAUGUAGAACCAGAGGAUAUUAUUGUUCUUGUUUUAGCAUGGCGUUUGAAGGCACAAAGCAUGGGAUACUUUACAAGACAGGAGUUUGUUACAGGUCUAUCGGAAUUAGGAAUUGAUUCACUUGCAAAGUUACAAUCGUAUCUACCAAAUUUCAAAAAAGACUUGGAUGAUCCAAACAAUUAUAAAGAUAUAUAUAGAUUUGCAUUCGUAUUUGCAAAGGAAAGUGAAAAUAAGAUUCUUGAACUUGGCAACGCCUGUGACAUGAUGUCACUCGUAUUGUCUGUAAAAUAUCCACACAUCGAUCAACUCGUCGAUUACCUAACAAACCAUCAAAAGAGUUAUAGAGGAAUUAAUAUGGAUCAAUGGUUAUCUAUUUUUGAAUUUGUUAAAUCAAUAAAUGCAGAUGCAUCAAACUAUGACGAGAAUGGAGCCUGGCCAGUACUUUUGGAUGAAUAUGUCGAUUGGCUAAAGACUAAAUCAUCAUAG